AUGCCCCAAAGACGAAAUGUAAAUAUCGUCCUCACAUCUCCUGCGUCACCAAAAACCCAGCGUCCGAGUGCGGCUCAAGUCGCUGAAAACCCACAGCCGGAACGGCUAGAGCUCUCGGAAACGAAAAACCAUUCGCAGUUAAAGUACACCCUUCUUGACCCCUAUUUUGGAAACGCUAGCUUGACAUUCUUUUCUGACAAUCGAUUGUCAUACUUAUCUUCCCGCUUGAGGAAUGAUAAAGUAAACCGGCUAAUCCAGAGAAUAUCUUCUGUGAUUGCUUCUCGACUGCAGCAUCACGCAAAUGUAGCGACUCCGGGUUCUAUGUGUAGUAUAAGGGGGGAUCAGAAAGAUGCUCUCGCACUUCCUGAUACUGCUGAGGCAAAUGCCCACAUCAAAUUAUACUUUGAGCGGAUCCAUCCCAUCUACCCCUUCCUCGAUCAAAAAGAUUUCGAAGCUAUGGCUCAUGCCCCUUAUUUCGCUGACCGUCUAGCGCAUAGUAAAGCGCUAUACGCUCUAUAUAACGCGGUCGUCGCCCUGGGAUGCCAGGCUGGGAGUGGAGGAAAAUUCGAACCGGGUAAGGGGAGGGCCUGGCAGUAUAUGACAAGGGCACUUGCCGUCCUGCCAGACCUCUUUUCGCUGCCAGAUUCUCUAGAUGUUCUCCAGGCGAUGACUGCCUUGACUAUAUAUUCUCUCAGGUGUGUGACUCGGCUCGGCUCCUAG